AUGGACCACCAGACCUUUGACCUCCCCGACUCGACGGACUGGCUGGCCACGCCGCUGUCCCUUCUCGCGCCGCUCGAGUCCGCCCUCCGAUGUCAAGUAUGCAAGGAUUUCUUCGAGAACCCCGUCAUCACCUCGUGCAGCCACACAUUCUGCUCAUUAUGCAUACGCCGCUGUCUCAGUACGGAGGGGAAGUGUCCCGCGUGUCGCAGUUCGGAUCAGGAGCUGAAGCUGCGGCAGAAUUGGGCGGUGCAGGAGCUUGUUGAGACGUUUCAGAAUGCGAGACCGAGCGUCUUGCAGCUGGCGACUCAGGCGGCAACCGCGGCGGCGCAAACAGGUGAGGGGGAUCUAGAGCGGCCGGCAUCGAAGAAGCGGAAGGCGGAUAUUGCUGCGGGGAGGUCAGUGGAGGGGGUGAGGACGCGGUCGCAGGCGAGAGGAGGUCCUGCACAGCAAGCUCCCACAGAAGUGAUUGAGGUGAUCGACGAUAGUCAGGAUGAGGAGCUUCCAGCGGAUGGACUUGUCGCCUGUCCGGUAUGUCAGCGGAGGAUGAAGAACGAAGCCGUGUUCUCACAUCUUGAUAAAUGCACUGGAGAGCCUGCGCCGCCGAAAGCUUCCCCCAAGACUUCCUUUGGCUCUCUACACAUGCCGAUGUCUGCGCCAGUUCCAUACAGGACUCCCAAGAACAAACCACUUGAGAGACUUCCAACCAUUAAUUAUUCUCUAUACAAGGAGAGCAUGCUUCGGAAAAAGCUCAAAGAUCUAGGCAUCCCCAAUACAGGCCCACGGCCACUGCUGCAAAGACGCCAUACCGAAUGGGUGAAUCUGUGGAACGCUAACUGCGACUCAAAGUCGCCCAAAGCUCAUGGAAUCUUGUUGCGUGAACUCGACAUCUGGGAACGAACUCAAGGCAACCAAUCUUCUUCUUCAUCAUCCGAGGCUCCUGGAUCGAUCAUGCGCAAGGAUUUCGAUAAAGCUGCUUGGUCGACAAGCCAUGAAGACGACUUUAAGAAACUCAUUGCCAACGCUCGGCAAAAGAGUCGCGCGGCGGCGCGUACGACAACACCACAAGAAUCCGCUGCGUCGAGUACAAUGCAGAACACACCUGCUUCAGAGCUGACAGAUUCCUCAUUCCCAGCAGAGACCACAGAUCCCUCCGAUAGUGUGCCUGUAGAUGCCAAAUCGUUCAAUGGCGGAUUGACUGAAAUGCAUCACUAA